AUGGUUGCAUCGACAGUGACGGGCAGCUCCCUCUACGAGAGGCGGGUCGUCGAGCGCGUCCACCGCUACCAGUGGCCCGGUGUCCAGCUCAACCUCUGGAUUCUCAUCAUGCUCGUGGCCGCCUGCCUCAUUAUCGGCGUCUUUGCGUCUUUUAUCGAGACCCAGCAGCAGCUACUUCUGCCGAUACCCUGGUACUUCCCCUAUUAUAUCACCGUCGCAUCCCUCGUCAUCCUUUUCAUCGGCCUCCUCCUCUGGCUCGUCUUCCAGCGCCGCCUCCUCCCGGCCAUUGUCAUGAUUGGCGCCUUCAUCCUCUUUAUAUUGUGGUUCGUCGGCCUCGUCGUCGUGAGCAUCCAGCUCUGGGGACCCGACGGGUCCGUCUCGAGCAACUGCAACCUCGCGGUAUUCAACCGGAGCCCGACAGGGCAGAGCCUGGAUACCCUCGCGUGGCUAGAGCAGAGAAGCAUAUGUGCGCCAAGCAUGGCAGGCGGUGUUUUCGUUUGCGCUCGUCGGGGCUAUCUUCCUGCUUUGGAUCAUGGUCAUGGCCUACCAAGUAUUUGCCAACUCAUGAUGCAGCCGCGCUGA